AUGUCGAUGUGGACUGAGCUCGGCGAUGUGGCGACGGUGGCACAGCUUGUCGGCGCAGACGUCGUCGGGCUCAUCUCAAGGAUCACGCAGGCUGCGGAGACGGCGCGGCAGAACAGGAGGGAGUGCCGGCAGCUCGCGCGUCGGGUGCUCAUAAUCUCGCGGCUGCUGCCGCUCGUGGAGGACCCGGAGGCGGCGCGGCCGAUGGCCGGGCUGGGUGACAUGCUGCAGGAAGCCCACGAGCUCCUCAUGUCCUGCCAGAGGAGGAGCGCGGCGUACCAUUUUUUCAUGGCUGGCAGGAAGGCCGUGAGGUUCAGGGAGAUGCAGAACAAGAUCGACUUCUACCUUCUGCUCUUCCCCGUAACCAGCCACAUCGGCAUUGCACGCCGUCUCGACCGGAUCUACAAGCUCCUUGACACCGCCGGAGCCGGAGCUGAACCGUCUACGCUUUCAGAGUCGUCCCAGCUGCAGGAGUCUACAGUGGUCGAUCAGGAAGUAGUACCAUAUGAAAUCCAUGACUUGACGUUUGCAGAAAUCGUCGCUGCCACCGAUUAUUUCUCCCCUCACACGGAGCUCGAGUCCGGCCACUCUGUGACGAUGUACAGGGGAAUGCUUCACGAUGGGCGACAAGUGGCCGUCAAGCGCAUCAUGGACCGGCAGUCAAACUUGUUACAGGAGAACUUGUGCACGGAGCUGGACAUCCUACCACGGCUCCGACACAAACACAUCGUCCGCCUCCUCGGAUCAUGCAUGACUGCAAGCAAGGACAAGCAACAGAAAAGAAGGCGUCCGCUAUCCUGGUGGAGAAAGGAGACGAAAGAGCCGGAGUGGCUGACCGUCUACGAGUACAUGGAGAAUAGCACGCUCUUCCACCACCUACACCACCUACACCCUGAUGAUGGCUCCUCCGAGCUGUCACCCGUGACGGUGUCCUGGAAGACGCGCAUCGAUGUGCUCCUCGGCGUGUCGCGCGCCAUCAAGCACAUGCACUGCCAUGCCAACCCGCCGAUCAUCCACAAGGACAUCAAGUCGCAAAACAUCCUCUUCGACGCCAACUGGGUACCGCAUGUGUCGGGCUUUGGCUUGUCCUUGGUCUGUGACAAGGCGAUGAGUGAGGAGUUCGGGAUGAGAAGCGCCAUUACUGGCACAUGGGGGUACAUCGACCCAGAGUACUUGGCCACUGGUCACGUGAAGCCGGCGAGCGACGUGUAUGCGCUGGGCAUCAUGAUGCUCGAGGUUCUGACAGGUAAAAAGGUGACUGUGGUGGACGACCAGGGGGAUAAUCUACUUUUGACAGAGUUCGCAGUCCCCAUCAUUGAGGCCGGCAAUAUUAGGGGGUUGUUGGGCACUCGACCCGUACCGGAGCCAACGCCCGGGCAGCUCCGGGCGCUGGAGAACGUGGCCCAGACUGCACGAUGUUGCGUGAAGGAGAAUGGGAUGGACCGGCCGGCCAUAUCAGACAUCGUGGCCAACCUCCAGACGGCGCUCGAAUUGUACCGCGGGGAGGAGCCAAGCUCGGUUCACGAGCCACCAGAACAUGCCAGCAGCAGCCUACAGUGGGCAGUCUUCCCGUCCCAGCCGGAGCCGGAGUCUUCGGAGAUCACGUUGGCGGAGGAUCCUCCAGCCGGUAGCGGCGACGAGAAAUGCAAGUCUGAUCCGGGCGGCAGCUGCUCCAGCUCUACCGACGGCACGCAGUACCAUAAGAUUACUAACUCUAUCUAG